AUGACGCCCACGCCCACGCCAGCUGCCCCCAAUACGAGUACUAGUACUACUCCUACUGGUAAUUAUAAUAGUACCAGCGCCAAUCGCCACGGCCACGUCCCGCGCAAACGCACCCGCACGGGCUGCUUGAAUUGCAGUCGUCGACGACGGAAAUGUGACGAAGUAAAGCCCACCUGUACGGGAUGCAAGCGCCGCGGCGACAAAUGCCAGUGGCGCAUGCUGGGGUCGUUUCGGGAUGCCAAUCUGAAGGUCUUGGGGCCGGAGCAUCCGUCCAUGAAACAGGGUGGGAAUGCGGGUGGUGGUCCUGGGGCGGGGAAUGGGGGGAGGGGGGCGAGGCAGAGUAAAUUCAAGAUCUUGAACGUGGUCCCUUCGGCAUCCUCGUCGGCAUCCCGACGGACGAGGAAGCAUGACGGCUCCAGCUUGGCCUCAGGGUCGGGUCAGCUUCAGGCUGAAAAGAGGGCUGUGAAUGCAAGUCCACCGUUGGUGUCGCCACGUGUAGAAACCCCAGCCCCGGCUCCGGCUCCGGUUCAGUCUCACGUCCAGGGCCCGAUACACCAUGCACCAGUGCAAAAGCAGAUGCAUUCACCGCUGCCACACCCUCACCCACAUCCCGAUUUCAACUGCCCCAGUCAAGCAUCUUCGCCGUCUCUCUCCAGCGGCAUCUCAUACCACCACCCAUCAUCACUCCGACCUUUCGACCCUCACUCGCCAUCCGACACCAUUCCACUCGACGACGCUUCGGCACCCGCCACCCAACACCAGCCCUAUCUUCAUUCGAGUCCCGAAUACGUCGUCGACGAACUCGCCGCCCUCCGUCACCUUCCACCCGGCGCGGCAGGUCACUCGUUCGCGGCCUCCUCAGGCCCGGACGCCUAUCCGACCAUCGCGUCGCCUCUCUUCGACCACAGCGUCUUCUCAGACCCGGCGAAUUUCACCAACGAUGUUUUUCUGCCUGGCUCGGCGUACGAGGCGCUGCAUACCGCCCUCCGCAAUCGCCAGCUGUGGACAGCUCGACCGGAUAUCCCGAGUCGGGGCGGCUCGCCGGACGGGUUCGGCGGUGUGGCUGCGUCCGCGGACCAGAUGAUGGAUAAUGUGCGUUCUGGUCCGGGUCAUGGUCCUGGCCGAUACUUUGCGUUGUCGCCGGAGAGAGAGAACGUGUUGUGGCAGAAUUAUCUAAAUGAGAUUUGUCUGUGGUCCCUCUGCAAGACAACAGACAACCAGCUAACACCAACAAUGAAAUCAAACGAACAGCUCGACAUGUUCGACAACCACCGCCACUUCGCAUCCACAUUCCCACAAAUGGCCAAAUCAGCCACCCAUCUGCGCUACUCCAUCCUCGCCCUCUCCGCGCGACAGAUCGAACGCAAACAGAACGAGAAAUCCCAGUCCGAAAGCCUCUCGCUGUAUCAGGAAGCCAUUCACUUGCUGCUCCCGGAGCUGGAAAGUAAAUCGACGCCGGUGAUCGCGUCGUGUGUCAUUCUUUGCGUAUUGGAGAUGUUGAGUUGCAACCCCAAAGAGUGGCGACGACAUCUAGACGGCUGCGCGUAUCUCAUCCAAGCGGCCGAGAUUAACGGUUUCUCGGGGAAAGAAGAACAGGCUCUGUUUUGGUGUUUUGCGAGAAUGGACGUCUGCGGCGGCCUCAUCUCCGAAGAAGAAACCAUCAUCCCCAUGACACACUGGAUCCCGAAGGGUAUGGACUCCCGGGAAGCCAGCGCUCUAUUUCUUUCAUCGUCAGAUGUCUGCACGUUCGACACGUACGCGAACUACACCGUCUAUUUAUGCGCGCAGACGCUUGGGGUACUAUUUGGCCCGACGUCAUCGUCGACGAGUACAUCCACGACUGCGGCGUCAUCUGCGUCUUGUAUCUCGUGUCAGUAUCUAGGCGGUAGUCCGCGGGACGAUGGGGAGUCAUCGUCGUCGUAUCCGGUGCGAUGGAAGAGGCUGUUUGAUUGCGUGGAGGAGUGGUAUGAGAAGAGGCCUUGUCAGAUGAAGAGUAUUUUUAAUGUCGCGGCGGGGGGGACGUUAGGAGGUGGUGCUGGUGGUUGGGGGAGAGGGGGGGGAGAGAGGGAGAGGCCCUUUCCGACGGUGUUGUAUGGGAAUGGGUCGGCUAUCUCUGGAAACCAGCUGUACCAUGUGUGUGCGCUGCUCUUGUUACAACGGAAGCCGAAGACGUUGGCGUUGGCGAAGAGGCCGAAAUCCCCCCUCUGGCACGCCCGCCAAAUCUGCGCCAUCUCAGCGUCAAAUACACACCAUGGCUGCUGGACAAACGCCCUCCAACCCCUCUGGGUAGCCGGAAAAGCCAUGUCCCAUCACUCCGAGCACGCCGCGAUCGUAGAGACCUUGACGCGCAUCGAGCGCGAAACAGGAUGGGCGACGGCGUGGCGAGUAGAAGACCUAAAGGAGUUUUGGGGUGAUGAUGAAGUUGACGGGGAUUGGGAGUUUGGUGGGGGGGAAUAA